AUGAUAGAACGAACAAAACGAUUAAAUCAAUUUAAUCUUUAUCUCAAGAAUUUCUGCCUCAAACUUGAGAGUUCAGAGGCAUCGCAGUCCCAACCAAACUCAAAUAACAGUGAAAAAUCACAGGAAGGAGGAAUACCAGCAGUUCAAGAACUAAUAUAUCAUCUUUAUACUGCCAACUCACACAAUAAAUCAAAUAUAUCAUCAUCAUCGCUAGCAACACUAACACAUGAAAUUAUGGAACGCAAAAAGUAUAAUAAAAGCGACAACUUUGACGACGAUGAGCAGCAGAGAGACGAUGAGCAGCAGAGAGACGACGAACAUCAAUCAGACAACGACGACGCUCUUUCCCUCGGCCAAGAAUUCCUUUCUUAUUCCAUAGGUAGACUGAGACCCGUUGAAGAUUCAUUAGGCGCAUAUCACGAAGACUACAAGAAUUUGUUAAGAUAUGCGGCUGAAGAAUUAUUGAUGUCAAUCGCAGAGUUUAGCAAGAUAGUCAAUGAUAUAGAACGAGACUUAUAUGCUCGUGCAAAGGAAAAUGGGUUCUUUGAUGUUAAAGAUGAUGGUCAAAAUAAUUCAGAUGAAAUUUAUUAA